AUGAAAGACCAUUGCAACAAAGCAUAAAAAAUUACUAAUAGUUUGACAAACAAAAUUUUCAAGAGAAAAGUAGCUCCAUAAUUAAUAUCAUUCUCAGAUGCCUAGGAACUCAAAAGUUAUAAAAAAUAGCUUGCUCAAAGAAUAAUUUAGGAUUUUAAGAAUUGA